CGAGCUUCUUGUUCUCUCCCCCCGCAUUUCUUUUUCUCUUCCUUCUCCGUCGUCUUCGUUCCGCAUCCAUCUUUCCUUCCGCCCCCCGCUCCUACUGGUUUUACUUUUUAGAUUAAGAGAAGAUGUCAGGUGAAGCAUCCCGCGAGGAGAAUGUCUACAUGGCCAAGUUGGCCGAGCAGGCUGAACGCUAUGAGGAAAUGGUGGAGUUCAUGGAGAAAGUUGCAAAGACAGUUGAUGUUGAGGAGCUGACUGUGGAGGAAAGGAACUUGCUUUCUGUGGCUUAUAAGAAUGUGAUUGGGGCAAGAAGAGCUUCGUGGAGGAUCAUUUCUUCCAUUGAGCAGAAAGAAGAGAGCAGGGGAAACGAGGACCACGUGUCUAUUAUCAAGGAUUACAGGUCCAAGAUUGAAACCGAGUUGAGCAAGAUCUGUGAUGGCAUCCUGAACCUUCUUGAGACGCAUCUCAUUCCUUCUGCCUCAGCUGCCGAGUCUAAGGUGUUUUACCUCAAAAUGAAGGGUGAUUACCACAGGUAUCUUGCUGAGUUUAAGACUGGUGCUGAGAGAAAGGAAGCCGCAGAGAGCACCCUGGUGGCUUAUAAGUCUGCACAGCAGAAGAUUCAUAUAUUUUUUUCUUUGGUGCAGGAUAUUGCACUUGCUGAUUUGGCUCCUACCCACCCGAUCCGUCUGGGACUGGCACUGAACUUCUCUGUUUUCUACUAUGAGAUCCUUAACUCACCUGAUCGUGCCUGCAACCUUGCCAAACAGGCUUUUGACGAGGCCAUCUCUGAGCUGGACACAUUAGGUGAAGAGUCAUACAAGGACAGCACUUUGAUCAUGCAACUUCUCCGUGACAACUUGACACUGUGGACUUCUGAUAUCACGGACGAUGCUGGGGAUGAGAUCAAGGAAGCAUCAACGAAGCGCGAAUCGGGAGAAGGGCAGCAAUAGUCCCUUUCAUUCCUAGGAUGAUGAUGUGUCUACUCUCUUCUCUGUGCUAUUAUCGUUUGAUGUCGUACCGCGAAUUCCAUGAUAUGGGGUACUGUAGUCUCUGAUUUGAUGAUAUGAAUUCAAUCUAUGCUUUGCUUCCUCUAGUGUGGCCAGCCGGCACUUAGGGUUUCAAUCUCAAUUUAUUGUCAAAAGCUUCUGGUAGUCGGGUUGAGAUAGCGUGGAUGAUGUCAGCUUUUUAAUGGUAUGCAUUUGAUCUUCUUUACCCUUCUUCCACUUUUGAGGUUGAAUUCAAUUCGACAGCUGAAGUUUGAUGGUGUAUGAAUAAAGUAUUAUCUUCCUUCGGAAAGAGGCUGAGAGACUGUCAUGCUUGCUGAAGCCUGUGCAGCUAUAACAGGGACAAAAUCCCCCGUCACGUCCCAUAGUUAGCGACGUGUUUUAGGAACAAAUUUAGGUACAAAAGUUAACAGCAGGCCUAGAAAAGACCGAACAUAGAACUGCACAACCUAUUUAAAACCAAACCAAAUCGCGUAGUUCAGUUCCAAGGCCAAUCUUAUCCUUGCCAUGAUUCCAGUGCUUGGGGCCAAAAUCAGAUGACUUUGGCAUGUAAGGCAAAUGUGAUAUGUGAUGUAUAUUAGUCUGUCUAGUCAUGAACCUUUUUUGUUUUGUUUUGUGAUGUAAGGCCAUGAUUUGUGUUGUUAUACUUUUAUCUAAUGCAAAUUGGUCUGACCUGUGAUGUAAAUUCUGUUUUGGUAUGUUGUAAGUAGGAUUAUUCAGUUAUCGGUAUUUAUAACACCGAU